AUGGCAGAGCGACAACAAAAAUCUAUUCUUAAAGGAAAGGAUAAAGUUUCCAAAGAAAAGGUGGACAAAAAUGUGGACAAAAAGAAGCCUCCAUUGAGACUGGAUGAACGCAAACAGCUUAAAAUCGACAAGAAUAAGAGACACAAAAUGCUUCAUCAAAUUAGUGAUGAAAGCAGCGAUGAAAGUGGUGAUGAAAAAGUAGUUGAAAGUGGUGAUGAGUCUGUUGAUGAGCACGAGGAGGUUGCUUCUGCUGUUCCGCCCAGGCGUAUUGACAGUGAUACUGGCAUGGAAAGGAAACAGGUUUUUAUUUGGAAUUAUGGAAAAGGUAGGCCGAUCUGGUCCUGGUAACCUUGGUCAACCCCUUAUCUUUAGGUCUAGGAUAAAUACGGGCCGACAAAAUUAAAAAAUGACUGUCUGUACAUUGACUGUCUGUUCAGGGCUCAAACAGAAAAAUCCAAAACCCCCCAACUCGACCUCUAUGUUCAAUCUGUAAAAAUCAAUAUUUUUAAGAUUAUUAAUAAGUCAACCACUUCUGAUGAAAUUUCCGAC